AUGGAUUUGUCAUGGUAUAUGAAUCCAGCUUGUUUAGAAAGGGUGAAGAGAAGAAAGAUAAGAGAGAAAGGUGUUGUGUUUGUUGGCUCAAUGAAUAUUCUAACUUCUAAAGACAUUCCAUUUACUAAUAAGAGUAUCUCAAAGGCUUUUGGUGCUCUUAAAGAUGCCUUCUCUUGGUGCGUUGGGUCACUUGAUCAAUCUUUUUGGUUUGACAAUUGGAGUAUUGAGGGUCCAAUUGCUCAAGAUGUCCCUUUUGUACAUAUAUCUGACUCUGAUUUAACUAUUAGAGACGUUUGGAAAGAUGGUCAAUGGAAUCUCCGUGAUAUUUUCUCUAUCAUUCUAGAAGCUGUCAAACAGCGUUUGAAUGCUUAUAAUCCGGAUUUGAAUGCUGAAGAGAGUUCGGGUUGGUCGUGGAGUGUGGCAUCUUCUAGAUUCUACUCAGCUAGGAGUGGGUACAGUUGGCUAGCCAAAAGAAAGUUUGACUGGAAUGAGCAUGAUAAUUGGUUGUGGGUAUGGCGUCUGCAUAUUCCUGAGAAGUAUAAGUUCUUAAUUUGGCUCAGUCUCCAUAAUGCUAUUCCUAUAGCAGAGUUUCGUUUGGGUCGUGUAGCACCUGUCAUCGGUGUCAGAAUGGUUCUAAAUCCAUUCUUCAUUGUCUUCGGGAGUGCCCUAGUGCCAAGGAGAGGUGCAAGGAGUGGAGAUGCUUUUCUUUUCUUUUCGACUAUCUGGUGGAUUUGGAGAAGCAGAAAUCAUGACACAUUUAAUAUAGAUGAUUCAUGGAGUGCUAGUAAAGUGGUGAGUUUGAUUCGUAGUUCAGUAAGGGAGUUUCACACUAUUUUUGCUAUGCAUCAAUCUCUGUCUCCUCCUUCACUUUGUUUGCAUUGGAUUCCACCUCCAGUUCAUUCUGUUAAAUUGAAUUGUGAUGCUAGUUGGUUUGCUCCUUCUGGCUAUGCUGGUUUUGGUUGUAUUAUUCGCAAUCCUGAUGGAUGUUGGUUGAAAGGUUGCACUGGAAAAGUCGAAGUGUGCAGUGUUCUUUUUGCUGAAUUGUAUGCAAUUUGGAGAGGUUUACUUCUUGCUUGGGAGAGUAGAUUUCGUGAGGUUAUUUGUGAAACAGACUGUUUAGAAGCUCUUUUCUUGGUAAACCAAAGAAUGCUUAGUAAGGAUAUUCCGGAAUGGGAUUUGGCAAAGCAUAUUCAGGAGGUUAUGAAUUGGAAUUGGAGAGUCUCUGUUCUUUUAAUUCAGAAGACUGCAAAUAGUGUUGCAGAUUGUAUGGCUAAAGCAGCUGCUUCUGUCGCGGACAUUCACUCGAAUUGGAGCCAACCAUGGAGUGAGCUUCAACAUCUAAUAGAUUUAGAUAUGACCCUAGCCAAUUAA